UAUGUUGUAGGAGAUUUUUCAGAUUGUGGUUUGACCUAUGCUAUAUUUAUUUGACAUGGAGGUUUAUCUUGCAAAAACAAAAUUACAUUGAAGGUUUUUUUGCACAAAUUCUUAUGUUUUCUAAUAGAGUUAUCGAGUGCCACGUCAUCGAUACACGUAAGGAUUGUAUUGCAGGUGAUUUUAGAGAUGGUGAAGUUGACUUGCAUAAUUCUGGAAAAUAGUCAUAUCACAUUCGCUUCUCUUCCCACUGGAGGAAAUGAUCUCAAACGCAUCCGCUUCAGCCGAGAGAUGUACAAUAAGUGGCAAGCUCAACGGCGGUGGGGUGAGAACUAUGACAAGAUCGUUGAGCUUUACAAUGUACAGAGAUUUAACCGCCAAGCUCUCCAAACGCCUGCAAGAUCCGACGAUCAGUCACAGAGAGAUUCAACAUACUCAAAGAUGGAUUCAGCAAGAGAAAGCAAAGACUGGACUCCAAGACACAACUUCAGACCUCCAGGAUCUGUCCCGCAUCACUUUUAUGGCGGCUCUAGCAACUAUGGACCAGGAAGUUAUCAUGGAGGACCACCGAUGGAUGCAGCAAGAACCACAACUUCUUCCAGAGAUGAUCCACCUUCCAUGAGCAAUGCUAGUGAAAUGCAAGCUGAGUGGAUUGAAGAGGACUAGCCCGGUGUUUACAUUACUAUCAGACAAUUAUCAGAUGUACGUCGAGUCAGAUUCAGCCGGGAACAGUUUGGGGAAGUGCAUGUUAAGACAUGGUGGGAGCAGAACAGAGAGAGAAUACAAACACAGUACCUCUAAAAAGAAACAUUAUGAGCUUCUCUACCACAAUCUUUAAUUAAUUAAUUAAUCUCAUUCACAUAACAACACAACUAUAUACAUUUUGCUUAUCUUUUGUUCAUCUUAAUUAGCUUAACAUCUUAUAC